AUGAAAUUAUCAAUCGCCGUAUUGGCAUCAGUCCUGACUGUCUGCUCGGUCACUAUUGCUAGUCCAGUCAUUCCCAGCUCAACUACAAGUGCUGAAUCUAGUAUUUGGACAGUUAUUCCCACUGCAAAUGCAGUCAGUGAACCUGACUAUUCGGAAUAUCCUAUCCCAUAUGACGGGUAUGGAAAGUAUUGCCAUCCACUUGAUUUUGAUGGAAUAAUGCUGGUCAAACUACUUGCAAAAAAUACACAUAAACUAGAAAAAGUAACAAAAUAUAUCAACAAGAAAGAGUCUAACAUUGCAUGUCAAGAAACAUUGGUGGGUGAGCUCAAGGAAAGACUGGACUCUGUAAUGGAUGAUGGUCAUGGGUCAGGAAUCGCCGAGCUUGAAUCCGAGUUUAUUAAACAGAAUGGCAUUCUUGAACAACUCAAAGAACAGUUGGAGCGACUUUUUGAAAGACAUUCGAAUAGGUACAAAAAAGAUGUUGGAUUGCGAUCGGCACUUGCAGAGUACUUUGCAGAGCAUGAUCAUCAUCAGUUCGCUCACUCGUUGCACCGAUGUGAUUGCAUGAUCAAUCCGACACCAACCAAACCACACUCGAAUAUAUAUGUUCCAGUCAUGUGCAUCGUAUAUCGAUUGUCAACUCCAACACAUUCCACCAUGAUCAUGGUCACAUCACACCAUGCUGAUUUGCAAACACACAUAUGUUUGGCAUUGACCGAUGCAUACUGUACAACGACUGAUCGGUGCGGAUGUAAUUGCACACUUGGUGGUAUUGUGCAUUAUGGUUGUUUGACAAUGGAUGAAUGCUGGAUUAGUCAGUUAUAUGCAACCUGUUUGAAUCGACCUAUUUGA